GCGAGUGGGCGGAUGCCUAAUUAGUUACCCCGCUCUAUUCCAGUCCUAAACGCAUCUCAUCAUCCUGUUCCCAAAAUUAGUUGCCAGUGCUGAGUUACCCGUAAUUACGUCCCGUGCGGUUCAACAUGGCAGCCGCACUCUUCGUGAUAGACGUCCAGAAUGAUUUGGCAACGGAUCCAGCGACCAGGAUUCCUCAUGCUUCCCGUAUAAACACCUCCGGCGAGAAGAUCAUUUCCGCCGCCCGAGCUGCGCUACAGCGAGCCGAGAACAACAACACCAGCUCCCGUCUCAAGACAAUUGUGUUUGUGCAGCAUGAGGAGAAACCAGAAGACGGCACCUUGGUCAGGGGCAGCGAUCCGUGGAAACUGGUUUUUGAACCGCUCCCGGGAGAUGCUCGAGAACGUCUAGUCGCCAAGUGGACACGCGACACUUUCGAAUCUAACCCAGACCUCGCUUCCGAGCUCAAAGCAUCCGGCAUCGAGGAGAUCAUCGCAUUCGGCAUCCAAUCCGAGUGCUGCGUCGAGUCCACCUGCGCGGGUGCCCUCGCCGCCGGGUUCCGAGUCACACUCCUCUCUGGGGCGCACUCGACCUACGACAACGGGGCCAAGAAGGCCGAGGAGCUCGAGCGCGAGGUGGAGGAGCGGUUGCGACUCAAGGGGGCCAAGGUCGUGCCGUGGGAAGAAGUCGUUGCAGCCUGGCCGUGACACAGCAGUUAUCGAGAUGUUUCAUGACGAUAUUAAGUGGUCUAGGAACCUUCGAGACCCAAUUUAUCACUUCUUGUUCCUCUUAUG